AUGCGAUUAUCUCUUUUUCUAGCAGCCGGGGCUCUAUUACCUCAGGCAUGGUCCUGGGGAGCCAUAGGUCAUGAGAUAGUAGCUACCAUAGCUCAAAUACAUCUCCAUCCAUCUACUCGUAAGAAAUUAUGUGGUAUACUACCUCCAGAGGCAAAAUGUCAUUUGGCUCCUGUGGCGGCGUGGGCGGAUCAAGUGAGGAUGAAGUAUAGAGGAACGGCAGGGAUGCAUUAUAUUAAUGGUAAAGACGACCAUCCGAGUGAUACGUGUUACUUUGGUCAACAUGGUUGGAUGAACGAAGACAUUAACGUCUUGACAGCCGUGGCUAAUAUGACACAGCUCAUCAUGGACGUGUUAAUCCCCAGAGACAUCCCACUUCGAUUCCUUAUCCACUUCAUUGGUGAUAUGCACCAACCUUUGCAUCUCACCGGUCGGGACAAGGGCGGUAACGGAGCUUUGUUCAGGUGGGAAGGACAUAUGCGAAACUUGCAUAGUGUGUGGGAUGGUGGUUUGAUCACUAAGAAAAUUAGGGAGUUGGGUAAUUACACUUCGCCUUUGCCAUCAAGACAAAUCGAAUCUUCUCUCCUAGGUACAAUAUUUGACCCUUACGUCCGAUUCAUAGUUUGGGAAGGUAUACGUCAAUGGUAUCUCCCAUCUCUUCCAACAUGGUUAUCAUGUCCUUCCACCGGUUACGCUUUACCAUUAAAAGAAACUGAAAAUCUUCAAAACGCUUUAUUAAACUUACAUCCUUUGAAAUUGAACCAAACGGCUUGGGCGAGAGGUAUGGAAAAAGGUGAAAUGGUAUUUCCCGUUUGUCCUUUUCAUUGGGCACAACCACUCCAUUCUAUCAAUUGUGAUUUAGCUUGGCCGAAAGAAUAUACUGGGAAUCAUAGUGAUCCUUUGAUUGAAUUGGACAGUGAUGAUUAUUACGGAAAGAUAGUUAGGGAAAAGACUUUGGAGAGAUUGUUAGCUAUGGCAGGGUUGAGAUUAGCAAAGGUUUUAAAUGAAGUUUAUGGUGAUGAGAGUGAAAUUUUGUAUUUGAGUUAUUUGUAA